AGGCCGUGCUUCAACACGCCCCAGAUUUUGGAAGUGUUGAACUCGCCCAUUCCGUUCUCAAAUCCGGUCAAAUCUACCUUGGACAUGUGGGCUUGGUGCUGGGACUGGAAUGGGAAGAAGAUGAUUCGAGUUUACUAUCCAUUGAAAUUUGAAAGGUUUCGAGGGACCAAGCCCAUCAACGAAUUGGUGUACUAUCCACUUGAAUUUGAUCCUAAUAAAGAGGAAAUAUGCGCAAAGGUCAAGGAGCGCAGUGAGAACUAUGUCAGAGCCCUUUUAGCUAAGCCUGGAGCUGCGCAAAUGUUUACUUACAAGGGGGAUGAUUACGGCGAUCGGAGAAAAAAGAUAGCUUCUGACGAGGAUGAAGACAACGAAGGCGGUGCCGGGGCAAACCGGACCGACGAGGAGAAAUUACUGGGCAAAGACAAAUUCAGCCCGAAAGUCGUCCCAAUUGACGGGAACUUUAUCUGCGACGCUGCUGCAUUCCUACAAUAUGGUAGUGGAAGUCACGUACUUGGCGAGUGGGAGGAACAUUUCAUAAACGAAGACCACCGAGAAUCAGAUGGAUCUCCAAUAAAGUUCGACUUGUUGAAAGCUUUGAAAGACGACACCCAUCAACUAUUUCCACCCAGGAUUCUCGGAUAUGCGACCAAGGAGAAACUGUGGGGACAGUUUGCCCUCGAGCCGAAAUACAAGGAUAUGAUAGAGGCCUUGGUUGAUUCACACGAAACCAGUGCCCAGCUCGGGCAAGAGCCGCGAGUUAAUGAUAUUGUAGGAAAGGGGAAAGGACUAGUCCUCCUCCUUCAUGGCCCACCUGGUGUUGGCAAGAGUCUCACGGCAGAGACAAUCGCCACGUUUACCGGACGCCCACUCUUUAUUGUAAGCAUGGCAGAGAUUGGUCUAAACGCAUCUCGCGCAGAACGGAACCUGGAGAAGCUGUUCAGCCUCGCCAGCAAAUGGGAAGCUAUCCUGCUGGUGGACGAAGCUGAUGUGUUCCUCGAGACACGCGGUACGUCUUCGAGCGCUGGGAGGAACGCCCUUGUUUCUGUCAUGCUUCGAGUAUUGGAAUAUUACAAAGGAAUCAUCCUCACAACCAAUCGAAUCAAAUCCAUCGAUGUGGCCGUCAUCUCGCGUAUCCAUUUGGCCAUUCGGUAUACCGAUUUAACAGAGGCACAGAUGUGCAAGAUCUUCUCAUUUUCCUUGGACCAGCUAGAGCCGCACUUGAUUGAUGACCGUGAGAAGAUUGACGACUUCAUCAACAACUACGGCUACCAGUACGGCUUGAAUGGAAGACAGAUCCGGAAUAUCGUCUCGGGAGCAUUGGCUUCGGCACGCAACGAUACUAGAAAGAAGAAGGGAAAUGGGAAAAUCAAUUACAAGCAUUUGAAGGAUGUUUGUGAGAUGACUAUGCAAUUCGAGAAGCAGCUGCAGGAGAACACCAUGACACAGAGAUAUAAUAGUGAGGUGAAAUAG